AUGAGUGACACUAGAAAGCGAAGCAGCAUCUGGCUGCAGUUUAAAGAUAUUGGGAACAAGAAAGCAGAGUGCCUUCACUGCAAAACGAAGGUCACUAUAAGAGCAGGUUCCACCACAAACCUGCAUAGACAUACAAGAACUGUCCAUCCUACAGUGCAGUUAGAGGAGAGAGGGCAAGCCAGCUCACCAUCUACUGAUCCUGGUGUGUCUCAUACCAGAACAACAGCUGCUGUAACGUCUACUGCCAUCCCCAUGCGUGCAAGUAUAACCUCUCCUACUGCAACUCAAAGCAAAAUAAGUCAGUUUUUACCUAAACUGAUGACCCCAGCCAAACAGCACAGUAUUGAUGAUGAGUUGGCUAAAAUGGUAGCUUCUGAUUUUCAACCCUUUUCCAUUGUGGAGGACAAAGGAAUGAAAAACUUUGUCAAAGCCCUAAAUCCCACAUACACUCUACCCAGUAGAAAAACACUUUCCCAAACAAUGAUCCCAAAACUAUAUGACACAGAACGUGCAUUAUGGCAAGAAAGGGUGACAAAAGCUCCAUCAGUUUGCCUGACAACUGACUGCUGGACCUCCAGAACAACCUGCUCUUUCAUGUCUGUCACUUGCCACUUUAUUGAAGAUUACAAGAUGACAUCUUGCCUUCUGGACUGCUUCGAGUUCACCGACAGACACACUGCAGAAAACUUGGCAGUGGAGCUACUAAGAGUGGCAAAAGAGUGGCAAGUAGAGGACAAAGUGGUGUGCUGUGUGAGUGAUAAUGCUGCAAACAUCACCAAAGCCAUAAAAGUUUUGAAGUGGACCCAUCACCCAUGUCUGGCGCAUACACUAAACCUGGUGGUUAGAGAUGCUCUGAAGGUGAUCAAAACAACCGUGGAUAAGGUGAAGGCUGUUGUGGAGUUUUUCCACAAAAGCACAGUAGCAGCACAGAAGCUAAAGUCCACACAGCGCCAAAUGGGGAUUCCUGAACUGAGGCCCAAACAAGAGUGUGCCACCAGGUGGAACUCAACAUUUGAUAUGUUGAAACGAAUGCUUGAAAUAAAAGAUGCCAUCAUCUCCACCCUGGCCCUCAUCAACGCAUCUAUUGAGCCAUUAAGCCAAGAGGAAUGGGAGCUGGUGAAAGAGGUCUGCGCCGUCCUGCAACCAUUCCAGGAGGUGACUGUGGAGAUAAGUGCAGACAGGUACCUAGAACCAUUGAAGCAUUGUUUUCUCUACUACUAUUCAGUCACUAUUAUACAUUGCAAACACAACACAUACAGUAUAAUGCAUCACGUAUAAUAUGCCACAUACUUUUAAAAAACUAAAUUCUAAAAGUUGCUGUUUUCUCUCCUUCAGCUAUGUCACAGCCUCGAAAAUGCUCCUGCUUUGCAAAGGUCUGCAGCUGGUGACAGCCGAGAACCAAUGGACAGUAACUGUGCAGAAAGUGAAGGAAUUAGUUGCAGCUCUUUGUUCAGCCAUGGACCGCAAAUUUCUGCGGAUGGAGUACAACACUGUCCUUUCAGAAACUACCUUAUUGGAUCCAAGGUUUAAAAAACUUGCCUUCAGUGAUCGUAGAGCUGUUGAUGAAGCUCUUCAGAGGAUUAGUGCAGCAGCAGCAGCAAAAUGCACCCCCAGCAGCCAGCCAGCUCCACCAUUACAGGGCCAAGUGGAGGAGGAGCAGCAAACCUCUGCUGUUUGGAGGCUUUUUGAUGACAGAGCUACAGGAGAUGCUUCAAGGAGAAAUCCGACAGCUGAUGCUAUAAUGGAGGUGAGGAGCUACCUUGAGGAGCCCCUCAUCCAGAGAGCAGAAGACCCACUGAGCUGGUGGCAGGCCAAGGCCUCAGUCUUUCCACUCCUGGUGAAGGUGAUGGAGGGGAGACUAUGUAUUGUUGCCACAUCAGUUCCUUCUGAGAGAAUCUUCUCCAAAACAGGGCAGAUACUCACGGAGAGGCGAAAUCGUAUCAGGCCUAUCAGCCCAUCCAAGCUGAGGCAUCUGAUCUUCCUGAAUGCCAACCUGCCCUGAGGACUAAUGCUGUUUGCUGGAGUUUGGUUCUGGUUUUGAUUCUGUUCUGUGGAUUUGUUUGAAGUUUAUUGUUAAUUUGUGCAAUAAAAAAGUUUAAUUGAAAUAAACAAAUGUAAGAGUGGUUUUGUCACAGAAUAAAUGCACAGAAUUAGGCAUUAUAAGGUCUCUCAUAAAAACACUGAAAGCAAAAGGGUUUUCAACACAUAAACCAUGAUUUUUUUUCAAAGUUAAGGUAAAAUAUAGGCUACAAAAGAUCCUAAAUAAAGAGCCGUUCGGGAGUCGAAAGAGCCGGCUCUUCUUUGGGAGCCGAGUCAAAAGAGCCGGCUCUCAGAAAAGAGCCGAACUUCCCAUCAUUAAUUGUCCUCAAAGA